AUGGCGGCCAUCGCCCAGCAGCGACUCUUCUUGGCGGCGUCCGCCUCUCGCUGCGCCGGGCGGCGGCUGAAGCCGAGCAGGAUCGCCGCUCCGUGCCGCGCCGCGGUCGGCGGCGGCGUGCGCACCGCGCCCAGCCCGUCGUCGGGGAGCGGGAGCCCUGGCCUUAGGCUUCAUGACCUCGAGUGGGUCGACCCGCGCGUUGUCGCUGUCCCGAGGAAGGAGGACGCCGCGGCGGAGGCGGCGAAGCUGAGGGCCGUCGCGGAGGCGGCGGCGGACAGGGCGGAGAUGCACGACAUCAUCGGGAGGCAGCGGGACAACUGGAACCACCUGCUGCUCCACUCCACCAACUCCCUCGCGCUCGCGGCCUCCGUCAUGGCCGCGCUGGCGCCCGCCGCGCCGAGCAUGGUGGCGCUCAAGGCCUCGGCCGGGGCGCUCCUAGCCACCGCGGCCGUCACCAUGGCCGCCGUCAACAAGAUCCAGCCGUCGCAGCUCGCCGAGGAGCAGCGCAACGCCACCCGGCUGUGGAGGCAGCUGGAGCGCGACGUCCGCGCCACGCUCGAGCUCGCGCCGCCGACCAAGGCCGACGUCCAGGACGCCAUGGACAGGGUCCUCGCGCUCGACGCCGCCUACCCGCUGCCGCUCCUCCCCGGCAUGCUCGAGAAGUUCCCCAAGACCGUCGAGCCCACCCGGUGGUGGCCCAAGAAGAAGCAGCAGCAGCAGCAACGCGCUGCUGUCAGCAGGUCGAGCAGCUUCGGCAGCCGCCGCCGCCCACGCGCCACCUCGGGCAACGGCUGGACGCCGGAGCUGGAGGAGGAGAUGCGCGGCAUCCUCCGCGUGCUCAAGACCAAGGACGAGCACCAGUACGUCUCCUUCGGCAGCAUGGUCCUCAACAUCAACAAGCGCCUCGCCGUGGCGGGGCCAGCGCUCGCCGGCACGGCCGCGGUCGCCGCAGCCUUCAUCGGCGCCGGCGAGGCCGGCGCGUGGGCGUCCGGCGCAGCCGUCCUCGGCGGCGCCCUGGCGGCCGCGGUGAACACCAUGGAGCACGGUGGGCAGGCCGGCAUGGUGUUCGAGCUGUGCCGCAACUGCGCCGGCUUCUACCGCAAGAUCCAGGAGGAGAUCGAGGCGAACCUCGGCGAGGCCGACGUCGACAGGAGGGACGACGGCGAGGUGUUCGAGACGAAGGUGGCGCUGCAGCUCGGCCGGAGCUUGUCGGAGCUGAAGCAGUUCAGGGCGAUGGCGUCGCCGUCGUUCAAGGACGAGGACGUCAAGGAUUUUGCCGGGAAACUCUUCUAA